AUAGAGGAUGAAUUCCAAGAAAGUCUGGACUAUAUGGGAAGAUCUCUUUUUUAAAAAAGUCUUUAGAGCAUAAUACUAAUUAUAUACUUUUGCUAAGAGAUACAAUUUGGGGGAGAAUGAAUAGCAGCUACUACCAACCGCAAAGAGUACCCCUCAUUCACCCAAUCUAGCUUUCUCAUAACCUCCUGACCCAAUAGUCAUAAGGAAGUUGUUUUAUCUAUACCCAUUCCAUUUACUCUGAGUGUGGGAAUAUACACUAUUCCAUUGGAAUGCCUAUGCUCAUGGGAACCUAUGGUCACGACUGUAAAUGAAUCUUGGUUGAGCCUCAGUCUCUACAAGGUAAAAAUUGAGUAGCCAUGUCAUUUCCCCGUGGUGACAAAAUAGACUUGAACCAGAACUCAGUUGUACUGAUUCUUAAGAGUCCAGUGUUCUCCCCAACACAGGGCACUGACUGACUCAUUCUGCCCUGAUAUCUUCCUCUGUCCUAGAACUUGCACCACUUAAUAGGCAUCUCUUUAUUUCUUAAUGACCGUGUAUAUACCUCCAUGCCUCCUCCAUCAGAGAGCACACCUGCGAGUACGUGUCUAUCUGAAAGUAUGCAUAAAGCCUAUCUUUAGGUGUGGAUGCCCUUUCUGUUAGGGAAACCUUUAGAUAAUGACAGUUCCCAUUGUUGGCAUCAUCGGUGAAGUUAGGGCAAGUUCCAAAGUCAAUCAUUAAUAGGCAGGUUUGGUUCUUUCUCCAAUCAGCUGUAUUCCUGGGUCUUCAGGAAACAAGGCAAAAUAGUCAGGGUAGAGCCAGAUAGUGAGAGUGAAACUUGGUUCCAGGACAGUAAACGCAACGGGAGGCAAGGCUGUAAGGGGCUGUGACAGAGCAACAGUAAGCGCUCAUGAACUCAGGCUGGCAUGGACACCAUCUUAGUCUUCAGCCUAAUGAUUGCAUCCUACGAUUCCAACAAGAACGACCUCAGAAAGAGCAGCUGCCAAGUGGAACAGCUGCCCAGCUUCUUCCCAGAGGAUGUGCGGAGCAACAGGGAUUUGGUAAUAAGAGUUCCUCCAGAAAUUCACACAGAUAUCAAAGGGGCCCCAUUCAUCCGAAAUCAGACGAUAGCUACCCUGCAGUGCCUUGGCUCCAGGAGGAGAGUGACAGUCCACCUUGUAUAUUCAGAGAGAAGGCCAAAGGUCAAGUACAUUCUGAAGAACCGGCCAGUCGCUACUGAUCUUCCUAGAAACCGCACUGCUUCCCCAAGCUGUCACCUCAGGCCCACGUCCCAGUUUCAGAACGGAUUCCUUCUAACAGCUUUUUUACCAGGGAUCUCACAAUGCACGGUGUACCCAGCGAAGGACAGAUCUGCUUUGUCAGAGACAGUGCCCGUCACUGCCAUCUCUACAUCGCUGAGAAGAAAAGGAGAGGAAACUCCAAGCACUGGGGCUUUCCCCAUCCCUUUAACACAAGACAUAGACCUGUCCUUAAAGAGGAGGCAGAAAUGGAGUAUCGUAGUUAAAGCUCUGAUUGCUGCUACUCUGCUGCUCAGUGGGGCCGCUAUUAUAGUGUUUGUCAUCUUUGAAGUCCCUUGCCCGUGUCAAUGCCUACGAGCCAGACGGCUGUGCCAACGCCAGUGGCUAUGGAGAAGGGAAAGGAAGGAAGAAGACCAGCAACCCGGGACAACUGAGUCCAAGUUGGACUCUCAGCCUGAGAAGGAAAGUAUUCUCUGUAUAGUUUAUGCCAUUUGUUUACACAAAACAAUGUUAGUCUGUGUAAUGAGAUGUAGGGAAAUGUUUCAGUUAUAACGCGAGUGUGAUGAAUUAUUCUGUGACAAAAUACUGCCAGAUGUGGUGGCAUACACUCCUCUAAUCCCAACACUCAGGAGGCAGAGGCAGAGGCAGGCAGAUUUCUAUGAGGUUAGGCUAUCCUGGUAUACAUAGUGAAUUCCAGGAGAGGCAAAAAAAAAGUUAUUUGGCUGGAGUAUAGACCUAUAAUCCUAGCACUUUGGAGGUAGGUGGAGAAUCAAUAGUUCAAGGCCAGCUUCAGCUUCAGCUUUAUAGGGCAUUUGAGGCUAUCCUGGGCUAUAGGAGAUACCAUUUAAACAAAUACAACGGAAAAAGAAGAAAGGAUGAAAAGGAAGAGGCAGAAAAAGAG